AUGUCAUCGGAGCCGUCUUCACCGGCCAACUUCUCCUCCAUAGCACCACUCCUCCGCAACCGCCAGUCGCCUCCUCUCCGCCCCUCUCCGCUGUCUAUCCUCCUGUCACGCAUCGUAUCCUCCCAGCGCCGCGGCGGUGCUUCUAUGCUGGUACGGGAGACAGCAGCUCGUGAGCUCGAGGAGCGCCGCGCCGACUGGGGAUACUCCAAGCCUGUCGUCGCUCUCGACAUGAUUUGGAACUUGGCCUUUGUGAUUGUCUCGAUUGUGAUGCUGAUUUGCACGGGUGAUGAGAACCCUAAUGUGCCCAUUAGGGUUUGGGUAUGUGGAUACGCUCUACAGUGUCUAGUCCACGUGGUACUUGUUUGGAUUGAGUAUAAGAAGCGGAAUUCGAGUCGGAGGAGAAAUGGGAACAGGGGGGCAGGGGAGGAUAAUGAUUUUGAGACUGAGGAGGAUGAGAGUAUCGGGAUUUCUAAUAGCUACAGUAUUGCAAAACGUUGUGAAUCGGUGAACACAAUGGUGUCGUUUCUUUGGUGGAUAGUUGGCUUUUACUGGGUUGUCUCUGGCGGUGAAAUUCUUUUAAGAAGUGCACCACGUCUCUACUGGUUGAGCGUGGUCUUUUUGGCAUUCGAUGUGUUCUUUGCCGUGUUUUGUGUAGUUUUGGCAUGUCUGAUAGGCAUAGCUCUCUGUUGCUGCUUGCCUUGUAUCAUCGCGAUUCUUUAUGCCAUUGCAGGCCAGGAAGGUGCAUCAGAGGCGGAUUUGAGCAUCCUUCCCAAAUAUAGAUUUCAGAUCUCCAAGGAUGAGGACAAACAAGGCAUUGGAGGUGGCAGAAUGGUUCCUAUUGAAACAAGCCAUGGGGACAUGGCAGAAGAGCGAAUACUUCUACCUGAAGAUGCUGAAUGCUGUAUAUGUCUUUGUGCAUAUGAGGAUGCCACUGAGCUCCAUGCCCUUUCUUGCAGUCAUCACUUUCAUUCAACUUGUAUUGUGAAAUGGCUUAAGAUGAAUGCGACAUGUCCGCUCUGCAAAUACAACAUCCUCAAGGGGAACGACCAAGUUUAA